UGGAGUGGAAAUCCCUCUAAUCAGUUAGAAUCAGAACAAGACACAAUAAUUGCUGUGCGUUGGUCAAUGUACCUGUGUCAUGAUGCAUUCUGAUACUUGAGAAGUCAGCUAAAAGCACUUAUCCUUGUUUUGUCCGGAACCCAACACAAGCCAAACCACAGAUUUAUAAGUAGCCUAGUCAUCAUGCGAGGCGUGAUAAGGUCGUUGCCAAUUUGAAAGCGCUUUCCCUGAUCUUCUGUGGGUAUAUAAUAUUUGAAUUUGGGCAUAUUUCAAAAGUGCGAACAAAAAUCUCGUCUAUUUUCUCGAGUUCAAUAGACAGAAACCAAAUAAUAUGAGAACCUCAACGAUUGUGGGUACUGUAGUGGUGGUCCUGACUUUUUUGUUUGGGCAAAGUUGGGGUCAACAGGGGACGUGUGGUGGGGACUGUUUGUUCUCUGAGGAUUGUGCCCUCGAAGCUGGCGAUUUGACAUGCAGAUGCAGCUAUUUCCAUUGCAAAACAAUCCCUGAAGGAACCUGUGGUGGAGGCUGCAUUUCCGAUUAUCAAUGUUCGAGAUGGGCUGGUGAUGACAAUUGCAUUUGUGGAACUCUAUUCGAAUGCGUUCGCAGAUCUGAGCUGGAAACCCCAGGAUAUAAAGCUUUUGCAAACUUUAUGUUAUCUAUUCGAGGGGCCUCAUACCAAACUAAAGUGGCAAAUAAGCUUAAACUUUAUCGCAAAAGAGAAGAUAAAGAUCACUGAAACCUAACUAGGACAAAGACUGGACAUGGCAUGGGCUAUCCUUCCUCCGACAUACCCCGUAAAACGCGUUGUGUUGAAUAAAUAAAUGUGGUAAUUCCUAA